AUGUCGAUGUCCAAGCUUUGCGAGGUGAAGGCCAAGAACGAGUUGGCGAUGAGCAUGGCUGACGCAUCCACGAGAGCCUCGGAAUCCCACGUGGAUGAGGACGGGAUGUCUGAUGCCUCAGCUGCUUCUUUGGGAAACACGACCUCGGCCAGCUCAAAGCUGAGCAAGGCCCGCAAUGAGAGGGACAGAGGCCCUAAGAGGGCAGCGAAGAGGAUCCGAAGAGCCAUGAUCAAGAAAUGCAUGUGUAAGGAGGUUAAUGCAAGGGAGACCUCACGGCGAACACCGUUUUCAGAUCUCCUCGCAGAGCACUUGGGCAUGGUCUCGGUGGGCGCCGCGGUCACAAUCCAGGAGCGGCUGAGUGCGGCGCUUGCCGUGCCUGCGGGCCUGAAGGAUCCGCUUGCGGCAGCGGAGUUGAGCCGGGCGCAAGCCAUUGCCAAGCCGGCGGAGGGAAUCGGUGGGAGGUGCAAGUUCUGUGGUGUGGUCUGGGACCCCUGCCACACCCAGGGCAAGAACCACCUCAAGGCGGUCACAGAGCAUGCCCUGGACACGGCUCUUUGGCCCAGCCUCUUCAGCGAAGAGGCUUGA